UUCCGAAGCUCACCGUUAUCUUGGUGUUUUCAAGCCUUAUCUUUGUUUAGCAGCCUUCUCUACUACCCAUACCAAAACGCAAGAACAGCUAUUCGAAAGUAGCUGAGAUAAAGAAGAACAUAAUGGUUUUGAAUUUAUUUUACAAAGUGCUGAUUGGUGUUGUUGUUGCAGUUGGUGUGAUAUUGGUAAUUGCUCUUCCUAUAGCUUUGUUCCCUUGCGGAGAUGCUGACAGAGAGAGUCCAGGUCUUAGAGCUAUACCAGGAGGAAAUAUUUUGAUAAAGGAGGGAGAUCCUGAAUCCAGGAAGCCGUACGUCGAGAAGAUGACUAAUUUUUUGAAACCUUACUUGGAAAUGUCCAACAAGAAAGAGGUUGUUAACUGCUCUAGCAUUGCUCGGCCAAAAGAGAACGAGGUGUGCAACUUUCCGAAAUCUUCCCUGACGGACUGUGGACAGGCAACUAACUUUAGCUUCAGUGGGAGUACACCCUGUGUUCUUUUGACACUCACUAUGGACCAGACGUUCCGGCCAAUUCCUUAUGAGAGUUUAAACGAAUUGCCGACUAACAUCCCGCAAGACCUACACUAUGAAAUGAGGAGGAACUUGGAAAACGGAAAGCUCCGGAAGGUAUUUGUUUUAUUUGAAUUCUUCUUCUUCUUUUCUUUUGUUUCCAAACUUGUUUUUCUCAACAUAAGGAAGUAUUGGAAAGUGCAUCAGCUUGUUGACCAUUUUGCGUUACAUUAAGAGCAUUUUUAAAUGGAAACG